AUGGAAAACGAUCUAAAUGAUCUAAUGCGAUUGGCUAGAUAUGAUCUUAAACAAAAACAAACUAAAAACUGGAUAAAUGUCAAAAGUCAGUCAAAACACUCGUGUCAGUCUGAACUAUAUGAAGAGGAAAAAAAAUUAAUGUUUACAAGAGUUAAUAAUUUUAUGACUAAGCUCAUAAUUGAUAAGGAUCGUUUGAAUGAUUCUAAAGUUUACAGAUCCGUUUCCAAGGAAAUGAUGAUUUUGGAUGAUUUUAAUGAGCGCAUAAAGUCAGUUCAUGACAUUAUUAAUCAAUUAAAUGGUUUGAUACAAAUAGAAAAAUCUGCUUGGUUAAUAUCAAAUAAUAAUACACCCAAAGACAAACAAAAAUUAAAUGAAUUAAAAAUGAAAAUAAAUUGGAUGGAGAAAUCAAUAGAUUUAGCUGUUAAAAGAUAUAAUGAAAUAAGAAUAUUUUUAAAUCUUCCAAUGGACGAUUUGUAUUCAGAAAUAAAAAAUCAAACGAAACCAUUUAAAUUAGAUUAUAUGUCUAAAAAAAAAAGACAAGAAAUAGAACAUAAAUUUAAAUUCAAAGAAACCGAACUCAUUUUAUCUGAUUUGAGAUCACCAAUGGAAUUGUUAAAAAACAGAAUUGUAGAUCACGGGAUCACUCCAACAUAUCGGUUCCUUAGAAGAAAUACAUCGGGUCAACAAUUUAUUUACAACUACUCGUGUUCAUUGUUCGGGAUGUAUGUUGAAGGAAGUGGUACUAGCAAGUAUGAGGCAAAAGUAAACACAGCUGCUGAAAUGUUGCGUUCAAUUAUAAGAAAACAGAAAAACCGAACUCUUUCUUCGCAUAUAAGAGCUUUUAACGACAAAGAAUUAAAAGCCAUCAGUCCUUUAAUUAAGUUUAAAGCAAACUAUGUGGAGGAAUUGCAUAAUGAAUGCGUUAAAAAUUUGUAUCAAACACCAAUAUAUACACUUUUAUCACAACCUAAAAAUGAUUACAAACUGGUAAAUCAUUAUUCAAUCCAGUGCAAUGCAAUGGACUUAGUUGCAAUAGGACACAGUAACAAACGAUCAGCAGCCAAGCAAACAGCAGCACGAAAUAUUAUGAGCUUAUGGGAAAAAUCAAAUUUAAAAAGCUUACAAGUCUAUUUUCAUGAUAUUUUCAAAUCAACUUCACAAGAAUUGAUGUUUCUUUUACUAUUAUGA